AUGGCGGCGCAUCAGUUUGAUGUUACAGCUCACGGAAGAAAACGCCCCGCCGAGGGGGAACUUGAUGAUCAACCUCUAGCGAAAAAGUUCGGCCGCUUAAAGAUAGAGUCUCUGAAUGUAUCUCGCUUGCCCGGAGGCCUGGGAGCCAAGGAUGUACCACAGCUACAUCACCCGGGUGACGCCAUGAUGCUGGAUGACACAGAUACAACUGUUUACAUUCAUGACCUGGACCAAGAAUUGACAGAAAGCGACACCCUUGAUCGGGUGAUCACGAUAUUACCUGGCCUAGAGGACAAGUUACCAAUCCCAAAACUGCUGGUUGGGAAUAAUAAACAUCAAUGCAGGGAGCUAGUUGUCUACAAGGAACCUGAGUCGCUUACAGUCCCGAAGGACAAGGACCAAGUACGACGAGCAUUGAUAGAAACUCGAGAAAGGGCCAGGUUGGGUCUGCAACCGCGUCUAUCUGAUAUGGUACGGAUAAACGGUCCUCAUGCGCGACAUGGUACGGACCAAAACUCGGGGCACGCCAAGAACCUUCAAAAAAAUGGCAGCCCAGAAGAUGAAAUGGAUAUUGAUACAGAGGGUUAA